GUGUAGCCAGUGCAUUGAGCUCGCUGAAGUCUGCAGAUUGGGGCUUGGAGGGCAUACGAAUUGCAGUUGCAUGGUUCGACUCCGGAUUUCAGCCGUCCGUCAAGUUUUCCUGCCCAACGCCGCCGAUUCCAAUUCUAAUUCCAAUUUCCUCUCCAGAAAACAUCGAUUCCUCUCCCUUCUCAACCUUCGCUCCUCAACGGAUCACCUAUUUCAAAUCCACGCUCAAAUCCUCGUCUGUGGCCUCCAAAAUGACCCAUUUCUCAUCACUGAACUCCUCCACUUCGCUGCUCUAUCGCCCUUCAGAAAUCUCAGUUAUGGCCGCUCUCUCCUCUUCCAUUGCGACCUUCAUUCCGCCCCUUUCCCAUGGAAUUUCAUUAUCAGGGGAUAUGCUUCGAGCGAAUCUCCACAAGAUGCCAUUUCGGUAUUUGGGGAAAUGCGAAGACGAGGAAUCAGACCCAAUAACCUCACUUUCCCCUUCCUUCUCAAGGCCUGUGCGACUCUCGCGGCGCUACAAGAAGGUAAGCAGUUUCAUGCUGUUGCCAUAAAGUGUGGUUUGGAUUUAGAUGUUUAUGUUCGGAACACUCUGAUUAAUUUCUAUGGGUCCUGCAAAACAAUGUCUAGUGCACGGAAGGUGUUCGACGAAAUGUCUGAAAGAACCUUAGUUUCGUGGAAUGCGAUUAUUACAGCGUGUGUUGAGAAUUUAUGCUUUGAUGAAGCGAUUGACUACUUUUUGAAAAUGGGAAACCAUGGUUUUGAGCCGGAUGAGACCACAAUGGUGGUUAUAUUAUCUGCUUGUACAGAGCUUGGUAACUUGAGCUUAGGGAGAUGGGUUCAUUCUCAAGUGGUGGGAAGAGGGAUGGUUUUGAAUGUUCAAUUGGGCACUGCCUUCGUCGACAUGUAUGCCAAAUCUGGUGAUGUGGGCUGUGCUAGGCUUGUAUUCAAUUCUUUGAAACAGAGAAGUGUAUGGACAUGGAGUGCAAUGAUUUUGGGGCUAGCCCAACAUGGAUUUGCCAACGAAGCCAUUGAAUUUUUCACAAAUAUGAUGAGCUCCUCUGUAGUCCCUAACUAUGUCACUUUCAUCGGUGUCCUAUGUGCCUGCAGCCAUGCCGGAUUGGUGGAUGAAGGCUACCACUACUUCAACAUUAUGGAGAGAGUUUAUGGGAUUAAGCCAAUGAUGAUACAUUACAGGUCAAUGGUGGAUACCUUAGGACGUGCAGGUCGUGUCAAAGAGGCUUAUGAGUUCAUCAUGAGCAUGCAUGUGCAGCCUGAUCCGAUCGUAUGGAGGACAUUGCUAAGUGCAUGCAGUGCUCGUGAUGUUGAUGGUGGGGCUCAGGUUGCAGAGGAGGCAAGAAAGAGACUCCUUGAGCUGGAGACGAAGAGGGGCGGAAAUGUGGUGAUGGUUGCGAACAUGUUUGCUGAAGCUGGGAUGUGGAAGCAGGCAGCAGAUUGCCGGAGGACGAUGAAAGAUAGAGGAAUCAAAAAGAUGGCUAGGGAGAGUUGCAUCGAAGUGGGUGGCUCCUUGUGUAAAUUCUUCUCGGGUUUUAACGCUCGAGCUGAUUCUCAUGGGAUUUACGAUUUGCUUGAUGGAUUGAACCUGCAUAUGCUAAUCAUAAACUUCUAAUUAAUUUUCUGAUGUAACG